UGUACGCAUGCGCAGGUUGACUCAGUCGUAACAACAAGCUAUCGGAUGUUAUGGACACUACACUGACAUUUAAAUUCUUCGGAUAGCUUAGCGUCACAUGAACAAAGGCGUACGAACAUUUCACUGUCCUAAAAAUCACGUCAUAAUCUCGUCUCUGCUUCCUCGCCAUGCCGAGCAAUAAGCUUGAGAAACCUGAGGUCAGUGAUAAUGUCAAGGUGGUGGUGAGAUGUCGUCCCUUCAACCAGAAGGAGAAGAUGAUGGGCCACAAACAGGCCGUCUCUGUGGACGAGAUCCGUGGGACCAUUACAGUCAACAAGCUGGAGACUACUCAUGAACCUCCCAAGACCUUCACCUUUGAUACUGUGUUUGGACCAGAGAGCAAGCAGCUAGAUGUGUACAAUCUCACAGCCCGCCCCAUCGUCAACUCAGUAUUAGAGGGAUACAAUGGCACCAUUUUUGCAUAUGGGCAAACUGGAACAGGUAAAACAUUCACCAUGGAGGGUGUGAGAGCAGUGCCAGAACUCAGAGGGAUUAUCCCAAAUUCCUUUGCUCAUAUUUUUGGUCACAUUGCCAAGGCAGAGGGUGAUACCAGAUUUUUGGUUCGUGUUUCAUAUCUUGAGAUUUACAACGAGGAAGUGCGGGACUUGUUGGGCAAGGAUCAGUUGCAGAGGCUUGAGGUGAAAGAGCGACCAGAUGUCGGUGUAUAUAUCAAAGACCUGUCUGGUUAUGUAGUGAACAAUGCUGAUGAUAUGGACCGGAUUAUGACACUGGGACACAAAAACCGCUCUGUAGGUGCCACAAACAUGAAUGAACACAGCUCCCGUUCUCAUGCUAUCUUCACCAUCACUAUCGAGUGCAGUGAGAAGGGUAUGGAUGGAAACCAGCAUGUUCGCAUGGGAAAACUUCAUCUGGUUGACCUAGCAGGUUCAGAGAGGCAGGGCAAGACUGGAGCCACAGGUCAGCGUUUAAAGGAAGCGACAAAGAUCAAUCUUUCUCUCUCCACUCUGGGUAAUGUCAUCUCUGCCCUGGUGGAUGGCAAGAGCACGCAUGUGCCCUACAGGAACUCCAAACUCACCCGUCUUCUACAGGAUUCGCUCGGAGGAAACUCAAAGACCAUGAUGUGUGCAAAUAUAGGCCCUGCAGACUAUAACUACGAUGAGACCAUCAGUACCCUGCGUUAUGCCAAUAGGGCUAAAAACAUCAAGAACAAAGCCAGGAUCAAUGAGGAUCCUAAGGAUGCACUGCUGCGCCAGUUUCAGAAGGAGAUUGAGGAGCUGAAGAAGAAACUAGAAGAGGGUGAAGAGAUCUCUGGUUCAGAGGGCAGCGGAUCAGAAGAGAUGGAUGAAGGUGAAGAUGAAGGAGGAGAGGCAGGAGAGGGUCGCAGGAGAAGAAGAGGCAAGAAGAAGGUCUCUCCAGACAAGAUGGUGGAAAUGCAGGCAAAGAUUGAAGAGGAAAGAAAAGCUUUGGAGGCCAAGUUAGACAUGGAGGAGGAGGAGAGGAACAAGGCAAGAGCAGAGCUGGAGAAGAGGGAGAAGGACCUGCUUAAAGCCCAGCAGGAACAUCAGCUCCUCCAGGAGAAACUGUCAGCCUUAGAGAAGAAGGUGAUCGUGGGUGGGGUGGACCUCUUGGCCAAAGCUGAGGAGCAGGAGAAGCUUUUGCAAGAGUCUAACAAUGAACUUGAAGAGCGUCGCAGGAGAGCAGAGCAGCUGCGGAAGGAGCUGGAGGAGAAAGAACAAGAACGCCUGGACAUAGAAGAGAAAUACACCAGUCUGCAGGAAGAGGCUCAAGGAAAGACCAAGAAACUGAAGAAAGUGUGGACCAUGCUGAUGGCUGCCAAAUCUGAAAUGGCAGAUCUACAGCAAGAGCAUCACAGGGAGAUUGAAGGCCUCCUGGAGAAUAUCCGUCAGCUGAGCCGAGAGCUCCGACUCCAGAUGCUCAUUAUCGACAACUUUAUUCCCCAGGAUUACCAGGAGAUGAUUGAGAAUUACGUGCACUGGAAUGAAGACAUUGGAGAAUGGCAGCUGAAAUGUGUGGCAUACACUGGCAAUAAUAUGAGAAAACAGACUCCCGCCCCAGACAAAAAAGAAAAAGAUCCAUUUGAGGUGGAUCUGUCCCAUGUGUAUCUGGCCUACACAGAGGAAAGCAUGCGACAGUCACUGAUGAAACUAGAAAGGCCAAGGACCUCCAAAAGUAGCAAGAGUGGUCGACCCAAGACUGGGCGAAGGAAAAGAUCUGCAAAGCCAGAAGCUGUGAUCGAAUCCCUUUUGCAGUGAAGGCGGCGGAAGGGACAGCUAGAUGUCAUCGGAACUAUCAUAUUACCUUAUGAAAAGAAGUCAGUCAAGUCUAUAAAAGUCACUGUCGAACAUAAUUUAAAAUGUUAUCUGAUUGCACCGCAUAGCUGAUUAGGUUUGGAAUUUGAAAGUGCUGUUGUUGAGGGUUCGUUCACGAUAGGUUUAAGAGAUUCAUAGCGUAGUGUAAGACCACCAACAUUUUUUAAUGUUGCCUUGGUUUACACCAAGUGACGUCAUCCUUGACUUAAAACGAGCAGAUGAAUUUCAUCGGCACAUUUCACUCGCAACAUUUAUAAUUUUCAGUGGCUUUAAAAAUUAGAAUGCGGCGACAAAAUUGACAGAAUGCUGAAAAUAGAAUUGUGCACGUAACUGCUGAGUUCAAGUCUUAUGUCAUGAAUGCUACCACAGAUUAAGUUUUCACAUGUAUCCGUUUUCCCUGCCUUCUGAAGAAAUACCGAUUCAUAUUAAAUGGCCCGUUACUGGAUUGAUAUAAGAGUGCACUUGCACUUAAAUAAAAAAAAAAAAUGAAAAUAAAUUAUCCUUUUGAACACAAGCCAUAGCCUUAGUGUUGCUUUCCACUGACUAAAUAUGCCAUUUUUGUGGGGAAAUGAAAGUAAAGACAGUGUGGGAGCAUCAAGAAGAGCAGAACUACUAUGUAACUGAAAGGUGUGCUGUAUAAUUUUAGGUUUGUGCUAUUUCAAGAUCCAAGCAAGUCACUUUUUUUUAUUUUCAGUAUUCAAAAAACUCUGUUUUAUUGAGAGACACCAUAAGUACUAUAUGUCAAACACUUUAGUACGAGGCUUUGGUGGAGAUAAUUCGAUGUUAUGUUCUGUGUGUCGGAGGCAAACUGACUUUUAUUUUGGACCAUACUGUGUGUCAAAUUGUUUACAUGCACCCUAGAUAUUUUAUUUAUUAAAUUAUUUUACAUGUUUGUUCCCA